AUGUUUCUUUGCACAUUCGUCCGAAGACCCUUUUCAGUGUGGAAACCGAUCGACGAUGACUUACUACCCAGCUUGGUGGAAGCAAAGAGAAACACUGUCUCUCUACGGAACUACGUGGCCCAGAAAACCGGGUGGAACAUGACAUCACUCGGAGCACUUGCGGAUUUAGCUGACAAUCUAAUUGAAAUCGAUAUGUACAAUGCAUCAUAUCCUGAGUGGCUCCUUCACCCUGAGCUACCUGGUUACGACAGUAAUAAAAUCAUCAGCGAGAUCAUGGAGUUCGCUGAAAUGCCGCAGAUUGCAUGCACCAACUACGCUCCUUGUCGUGACCUGAUGGCUGGUGUUUGGCUGCAGCAUAUUCUUAACACGACAGAGGCUGCUCAGAAACGCAGCUCCCCACGAAUUGUUGGAUACGCCUCGCAUACUGAAGUAACACUUGCUCUCAUGAAGCUUAUCGGAAUCGAAAAGGAAGAACUAACGACAUCUGCUGGUUUCGUUAUUGAGUACCGUUCGAAGCCUGCACCAUCUGUACGACUACUGGGUCAUGACCCCAAUCCCAUUGACGAACAUGUUAUCUACAAGGCGAACUUAGUGCCGGAGUUGGCUCACAAAGUGGAUUCGAAUGGGUUUCUAUUGCUUGAAGAUUUCAUAGGAUACGUGUCCGCAAAGGCGAGUUUCACAGCUACGAAACAAUGUCACCCGAAAUGUCGUAUUGCGGGUACAAAGACCUAA